UCAACAACAUCGAAACUUUCGUCCGGAAAAGCGUUCUGAAACUCCGUAGAGUGAACAUCAACAUCGAGUUUAGUGAAAUCUAACCCUUACUCCAUGGACUCUGAACCCAAUUUGAAUACAGGAGAAGAUCCUGAAUUAGUCCAUUACAUGGAUCAUGAUAACUAAACAAAGAGAACAAGAGAAGAACUAGAAAGUGACAACGAAGAUAACCCAAUUUCUAAACAACCGAAAAACAAAGAAGCCGGAUGGAAGACACAGGCUGAACCCCAACCAACAACAAGUAACAACCCAACAAAUAGGGAGGUGCAGAUCAACCAUCUACAAUAAAGUACUACAUAUUAAGACAUACAAAGAUUUUCCUACAAACAACAAGAUUAUCUGACAUCAUUUAAGAAACAAGAAGCCUAGAAAAGAAGAUCCAGGGGAUAUAGACAACAAUAGUCUAAAACCCUACACCAAGAAAGAAGAAAGAAAGAAACUUUCGUCCAAAAAGUCCAAAGCAGGAAGAUCAGACACAUAUGAAAAGAAGAAGAAAAAUUCGCAAUGGAUCAGCAUGUAGCCUUUGCAAAGGGUACCCUGGAACAGUUUAUUCGCCAAGUAGAAUAUUUGAAGAUCAAUGGCUUCCCAGGUUUGUGUAGUGACCUAGCAGAAAUAUCUGGGGCUUCAGAAACUCUGGCAGUGUGGCACAGGACAGAGAGUGAGAAUGGUGAAGCUACAUUCAAUGGUAAACCCAGUGAUGAGUUGCUGGUGACCAUGCCAUUUGCAGGGACCUCCUUCACGGUGCGUCUCCUUUUCUAUCUUCAGGAACCUUGGAUGCCUCCAGAUAUUUCAUUUAGUGAUAUACAUUUUUUGUCAAGACUUUCUGCCCAGGAUCUCACUGAGCAAGUGCCUUCACUCAACACUUGGAACAGCUUGGAAGAUGACAUUAUUGCUCAGUUAUUGCAUCAACUACUACAGCUGUAUAAAAGAUAUCAGUUGGAGAAGCUGGAAACUGAUGAUGUGAUGCAGUUUGUAUACGAGUCUCUCCUAAAGACAUUAAGCAUAGGGGAAGGAGACAUUGAGGUUUCUGUGGGAAAUCAAGGCUCACAGUAUUCUUCUCUACUAGUUCGUCUACCAUUGAGUCUCCAAGAUGUACCACCAGUUCUAGUUGAUGCCAACACAGGCCCAGCAACAAGCUUACUUCAUGUCACAUUUCAGGGAACGGAAGGAGUGUUCAUUCCCAAAUUACACCUGUCGCCUAGAAUUGAGUCACUUAUAGGGGGUGCCUCGACAUUAGCACUCCCAGCUGUGCCACCUGGAGCUUGCCUUAUGGACUAUGUAGAAAGGAUUUUGCAACUGCUUGAACAGAGGGUGCGCAAGGCUGUGUUAAGUUUUGAAAUGAGAAAGCAGUUUGUUGCACAGAAACCCCACAAACUUUCAUCCACAGCAAUUAUCUUACUGAGGUUGAAUACAGAAGAAAAUACCGGUCCAGAAUGUCAAGGAUCAGCCACAACUUCAAUAAGAACCUUGACCUCAGGAGAGGCAAAGAAGCCAAAGCACCAUGGGACAUUCUCCCUCUUCUUCCAGAGCAAGGAGAUAUUGUGUCAAUUUGGAUGUGCUGUUCUGGAGUAUGAUGCAGAGCGAUUCUGUAAAGUUGUCCUUCUUUUUGAAGUGAAGGAUUUCCACUUCCUCACCUUUAUAACACUGAGUCCUCUGUUCCCCCAGCAACAGGCUCCAAAAGUAGUUCUUCAGUCACUUUAUCACAACAGUCCUCGAGAACCAUACUCAAUGGAGUUAACAGACCUCUCAUAUAAUUCCCAGUGGAAUGCAGAAGAAAUGGUUCGACACAUAAAACAGGGAAUUCAACAGAAUGUCUCAUCCUUUCAAACUGCAUCCAUCAAAACAGCAUUAUAGAAUAUUGAAAACAAUUUGUGCAAUUCUGAAAUUGUAAAUGGCUUUUGUCAAGUAGAUUUUAAUUUAUUUGUAGCUUUAACACAGAAUAUGAUAUGGUUUUCAAUUAAAAGGAGUUGUAAAGAAAGUGAAAAAAAUAAUUGUACUCUAGCAGUGCUUUACUUUUAUCAGAUAAAUAAAAAAGAAGAUGUAAGAAUGCUAAGAGGGAGUUGGCCAAUCACAGAAAAUAAGGAAUAUUAAGUAAAUAUA